AUGUUGCUGCAACUAGCUGAUCGUACAGUGAAAAUGCCAACAGGAAUUCUGGAUGAUGUGCUCGUCCAAGUGGGGAAGUUUGUAUUUCCUGCUAAUUUCGUUAUUAUUGACUGUCAAGUUGACGAAGAAAUACCCAUAAUUUCGGGGAGGACUUUCUUAUCCACUAGGAGAGCAUUGAUCGACUGUGAGACUGGAGAGUUGAAAAUGAGAGUUGGUAGAGUGGGUUAUGGCUCUCGAAGGUCAAGGGUUCUGGAAAAGGGAAUCCUAGUUCGAGCCACUACACUUAGAAGAAAGAUAAACAACACCUGCGAAGCUAUCAAUAGAGGAGCCACCACACCUGGACCUGAAACCGCUUCCAGCUUACCUCGGGUAGAACAACUCCAACAGGUGUUACAGGAAUGUAAGACUACUAUUGGGUUGACCGUGGUAGACAUAAAAGGGUAUCAGCCCGGCCUUUUGCAUGAACAAGAUUCUCUUGGAAGAGGGGCACAAGCCUUCCAGGGAACAUCAAAUAAGGCUGAACCUGAAUAUGAAAGAAGUGGUAAAGGAAGUGAUUAA